UAGCCGCGUGAAGAAGCAGCAGUUCUCGGGAUUACUACUGACAAUCAGGGAAGAAGACGGAGGGGGCAGAUUGCAUGCACUCAUGCAGGUCUGACUCUGGGCCCCUCAUGCAUGCAUGAUUGACUUGAAUUCAGAGACAGUUCGCGAAGAAGCUGAAGCGAGGAAAGGCCGGCUCUUGCUUCGUAGGACAAACAUCCCAGCUCGACUCCCUGGAAGCCAAGCACAGAGACUCUCUCCAUACUUGGCGAUCCUGUUUGUUCGAUUGGGGCGGAGGAAUUGUUGGAUGCAAUUAGGGCGAGCUUGGAGAUUGCGCAAUCUGAAAGUAGCUUUCAAGCUUUCCUCAGGAGAAGUUCCUUCUACUUGUAAAGGCUUCCUUAAGCAGGUUCAGAAUGGCGGCCGCUUCUGUACGGGCCAGCGCCCCAGCCUUCAGCGGCAUGGCCCAAGUCCCGGUGGGCGCCCAACAGCCCAGCUUUUCAGAGCGCCCGGCAUGCUACAGCUCUGAGCUCCCAGCCAGCUCACUUCGAGGUUUCGGGUCAGCCCAUGGAGCGCCAUGCCCUGAGCUUGGGUGCAGUUCGGGGCCUUCUGUGGCACGUGGGCGGUACAGCGCUGGACUUCCUGGCAGCUUAAAUCAAAAUGCCCUCCGCUCUAGUAUUUCACUGCAGAGAAGAGCGGCUUCUAGUUUUAGAACUGGGUCUGGGCACUUUGGUAGGGCGCGGGCAGAGCAGGGCCAGAAGGAGCGGGAGGAGACAGAGCCGCGGCCGGUCAGGAAUGUGCUGAAAGAGAUGAGGGAAGCGAGAGACGUGCAGGACGCCGCAAAAAGGGGGGCGGCGGCAGCAACAAACGAGGCGAAGAGGGACCUGGACUGGUACAGGAGCCUCAAGAAACCGUGGUUCGCGCCGCCAGAACCGGUCUAUGGGAUCGCUUGGACGGGCCUCUAUGCGCUGAUGGCCGCGGCCACCUAUAUUGUCAUCACAGAGGGAGGAGGGGUUCAGAAGCAGGCGCUCCCGCUGGCCGUCUUCGCGGCCCAGCUGUACUUCAACUUCAAGUGGCCGCAGCUCUUCUUCAUCGAGAAGAAAAUAGGAAAGGCGCAGAUCGACAACCUGUUUCUGUUGGCCUCGCUCGUCCUGACCUACCAGCUGUACCACUCCGUCAGUCCCACCGCCGGCAGUCUCAUCCUUCCCUCCGUCAUCUGGGUGGCCUUUGCAAACGUCCUGAAUUACGUCAUCCUGAUGCAAAACCAGGACGACUGAGCUUGGAACACUGAGAUUGUAGAUGAGGGUCAUCGAUAACCAAGUAUCUGGCCGUUCAAACCCGCUCGUUCCCGCAUUGUACAUUGAAGGGCGAUGCGGCAGUGCAAGCGAGCGAGUGUACAGGGUAAUCAGUUUUGGUAGGCUAUAAGUCAAAUGGUUGUCAUGUUACAAGUAUCUGAAUAGCAGACAGCUAAGCUCUGGAAACAGGAGCAACACGGUCAGACAAGCAGGCUUACGAGCAGUCAGCGAGAAUCUAAACGGUUCUUCUUUGAUUGAGUGAUUCGUUCACCAAUGUCAUCGUAUCAGGUGUUUCUAAACGUCCGGUCACGUGUAGCUGCUUGAAGGACGAGUCCGGAUUGGUCUUUGUCAUUGCCUUGAAGUUUUAUUGGACGACUUCAGUGCAUUGGGUAGGCUACAUUGGUUUUGGGGCA